GCCCGGACCGAUCGAUCCAUUUCCCACCCCGAUCGCCAAUCAUGGAGUUCCCGCACCACCACCACCACCACGGCCACCGCCGCGACGACGACGAGGACGACCGCCGUGGCCCACCGCCCCCGGCCUACGGCGGCUACGGCCAGCCGCCGCCGCCCGACCCGUACGGCCGCGCGCCCGUCGACCCCGACCCGUACGGCCGUCCUCCGCCCCAGUCCGCGUACGGCGGCGGGGGUGGGUACGGCAACGUCGUCCACGUCGGGCACGAGCCCGGAGACGGGAGGCCGCACUACGGCGGCGGCGGCCUUGGUGGCGCGUACGGGGGUGGCGGCCCCGAGUACGGCCACGAGGGCCGCCCGCACCACCACGGCGGAUCCGAGUACGGCCACGAGACACGCCCGCACCACGGGGCCGGGGGCGGGGGCGCUGCGCCGGUGAGGCAGCAGACUUACAGGAUCUACUGCAAGGCCGGGGAUGACCAGUAUAGCCUCGCCGCCCGCGACGGCAAGGUCUGCCUCGUGCGCACUGAGCGUAACGACGACACGCAGCACUGGAUUAAGGACAUGAAGUACAGCACUAGGGUGAAGGAUGAGGAAGGCUACCCUGCCAUCGUCCUCGUCAACAAGGCCACUGGAGAGGCUCUCAAGCAUUCCCUUGGCCAGUCACACCCUGUUCCUCUGACCCGCUAUGAUCCAGACAAACUGGAUGAGUCGGUCCUGUGGACAGAGAGCAGGGAUGUUGGGGAUGGAUUCCGCUGCAUUAGGAUGGUCAACAACAUCUACCUGAAUUUUGAUGCUUUACAUGGAGACAAGGACCAUGGUGGUGUGCACGACGGAACAACCCUUGUGCUGUGGGAGUGGUGUGAGGGAGACAACCAGCGCUGGAAGAUUGUUCCAUGGUGAACAAGAAAAUGUGUGGGUGAGCUGCACAAAGGAGCUCCUGUCGUAAUAAGGGAAGUGAUUGGUACUGAAGUUUCUGGAAUAAGAGGCGCUUCUGAGAUGCCUGUGUGAGUAUUGUGUUCCAUUCCGUUUUCAUGAUAAUAAUACAUAACGCAUUAAUUAUUAAUAUUAAUAUUAAUAUAUGUAAUGCGCGACACUACACUAGAUAGCAGCGUUGGUGUAUAUAUAUUGUAUGAACUUAUCGUUGUUGGACUAAGUGUGACGAGUGAUGUAUGAACCUUUGCUUGAUGCACGUAUGCUCUGCUGCUCCUGCUGUGGAAUUUAUGAGUUGGUUAUAUA